AUCAAAAGUCGAACGUCUUUCCAUUCAUAUUCUUUAACAGGAAAUAACGAAACCACAAUAUUCACGGAACGAAAUCUCUGGGUAUUCCUCGAGUGAUGUAAUGCAUGAUAACACGGAAGCAUAAAUAUUAGACGCGAUUCGACUUUCGAGUCAUUUCUGUUCGAGAGUUUUAGUGAAUAACUUCCCUUGUGUUAAGUUAAGUGAAGUCACCAUGGGUUACGAUUACGACUACCAUAAGAUGAUGUCCAACCGUCCGCAGUUCGUCUUUCCGUCGCAGCAGGUCGAGGAUGACCAACAGAACAUCGAUCAAGUGAUUCAAUCGGUGAAAGAUGUGGUGACGGAUGUGAUUCAAAGCUUCACCACCGAAGAAAUUCCAGCGGUCACUGAAAGUGCGAUUACGACGAAGAUGGAGAGUGCGAUCGUUACGACGAUGGCUUCGGUGGAGAUACAAACGAGUGCAACCGUUACGGAAAUGUUGAACAACUCCUCGGUGAUUGAUGCGAUGGUGAAUUCGAGCGUCGCUGAGGUUGUCACCGAAGCCAUCGACAAUUCCGACAGUCUUGUUACCUCCGCAACGACGCAGUUAAUUGAUUGGAUGGGCAACAGCGAGGAGGAAUACAAUCUGACGAUGAUACACCAUCAUGCAGCCAAUUACGAUGAUGAGAAUACAACGCUGUACAUCAUCCUCGGUGUCAUAUUGGGUAUAUUGUUUGCCAUCGGAUUGAUACUUCUGAUGAUCUACAUCUCUUACAAACGGUCGAAUCUGUAUUCGAUGCAGAUGCAGUCGCACGUGAGCAGUCAUUCCCGAUCCGUCGAACAACAGGAACAGCAUAAUAAGGGUGCCGAUGAAGUCGAGCUCGCCAUGGAUUAUGACAAGUCCGGCUAUAAAUUCUAACACUUCAAGUGUGUCUGACACUCUAUUUAUUUAUUACUAAUGUUAACCUUAUAUAUUCCU